UUUCAGAAGAAAAAAAUAUGGACGUUGAUGUCACUGUAGACAAGAAGGGAAAACUGACUUAUCGAAUCGAGUCUGCUCAAACAAGUAAUUCAUCGUUGGGAAGCUCUAACACACUCAAGUAUCUUCAAAGCAUACCGGCAAAUGUGAAUCCAGCAAUGAUGAGCUUGUGGGGGCUAAAGGCUACGUCCUUUAGCAAAGAUGUAGAAAAUUCAAAAGAUAGCAAUGAAUCCGGGACCAAAACAUCAUUCGCCGAAAUGUCAACAAAAACAACUUCACCGAAGUUUUUGAAUAAAACUCCUGACGUACAAAACCAAAUAAAAAGUUCACAAACUUCAAAUUGUCGAAUUGCUACCAGUUUAAAACUUGAGGACAAUGCAGUAAAAAAUAUGAAAAGUCAAAACGACAAAGGCAAUAAAACAAGUUCUAUGUCGGAAAUGGUCGAACCAUCGACAAAGAAGGCAUACGAGAAGGCUUCUAUCGAGUCGCCAAAAAAACUGACAAGUUUUGCGUCCUCGGGGAGGCGAAGUAAAGAUUCGACGCCUCGGUCAGCAAAGAGCUCUUCACGGGCGUCUAAAAUAGAAAAUGUACAGCUAGCGCCAAAGGAAUCGAAAUUAAAUGAAGAUAUUGGACCAAGUCGUACUACCAACGGGCUUAGUAACCACAGCAAUGCCACUGUGACUUACAAAAAUCCAGCUGAAAAUGACUGGGUAGUGAGAACAGCUACCCUCUCUAACGGCAGAAGCGUGCACCGCGUAACCGAUGAUCACGUUUCAGCUCAUUCGAAGGAGGAAUUUUCCCAGAAAACCCUUGAAAUGUGCCGCAACGAUCCGUAUUUGGCAUCCCUGUUGUUUUCUAAAGAGAAAACUGUCGAUAAAUGUAAGCCAAGUAUAACUUCCAAGUCUAUGACCUCCUUAACUGAUGCGACGCUUCCAGUUGAGUUUAAAAAAGAGUUGUCCGCAAAUACAGAUAACCAUCACUGGUCAAAGGUUACAAAUUCAAUUGGCGUACAAGCUGCAUCAUCGAAAGCAGAAAAUCGCGAGGCUGAAUCUAGUAUUGAAAAAUUCACCGCCGAUUUUGAAGUCCAAGUAGACCGGUCCACUAAUUUUACUUCUGACUAUAGGACUGCCAGCGAGAACAGUAAUGCGAGUAAAGCUGCGGCAUCUGUUGCUUGCUCAAUGGAAUCGGGAUUUGGAGAUCGGCUUACUUUGAAAAGCUUCGAUGGGGAUUCAAAUUAUAGCAAUGUGAGUACCUCUAGAGAAGGGCCAUUGACGUUUAGACCGAUAAGCAAGAAAAUGGUGCAUCUUCGUGAAAGUGAUGAUUACUGCGAUGAAAAUGGAGACAAUGAAAGAACUAACUUUGCGAUGUCCAGAGAAUCUGAUGUUGAUUUUGCAUCGUUCAGAUCGCGACAAGAGGAAGCUGAUCUUGAGUUGAAACAAUUUUCGCCAAAAGAUGACGCAAGAAAAAGUGGUCAACGUACGCCUAAGGGAAUGAAGAAUUUAAAAAGUGUAAGAAAGACACCACGAACACCUUCGACCUCGAGAAAAGUGACGUUUAGAGAUGAAAGAUCCUCGAGUGAAAGCAGCAGCUCCCUUUCUGACGCUGUCUAUGGAAUUCCGAAAGCUGUGCCAAAAUAUUUGAAGAAAAACAGGACCAGAAGAGAUAAAAGUAGGAAAGCAGACGAAAAAGCCGAUGUUACUAAAGGUUCAAAACCAGUGCGACCAAAACAACCGAAAAAUUCAGACUUUAAAAAGCAAACAAGAGCUUGCGCAGAAACGAGCGACGACGAAUUCGAAAAGUUUUGGCAAGUCAGCACCGAAGACUGGAAGAGUCUGUCGCCUUACCAGAAGUAUUUAAAGUACAAGACUAUGACUCAAACCCAGAAAAUUGGAUCUAAUCAUUCAAAUAGAAGUAAGUUUUUGGACUCAGAUAGCGACGCCUUCCUUGAGCGAGAAAAACUGACAGAGUUUAAUCCGAAGUCUAAAUUAGAUAAACAAAAAGAGAAAGGCGAAACUGGUUCAGUUUUAGAUGGUAACAACCAAAGUGGCAAAGACGGCAGAAAUAUUGAGAAAAAAAGUGAUGCGGAUAAUCCAAAUGAAGUUUGUGAUUCCGAAAGUGAGUUCAAAUUUGGUAGAAAUGGGCGAAAGUUUUCCGACUUGAAUAGCUUGACUGAGGAUUUUUUAUUUACCCAGGAGAAACCAAAAGGUGGACCUAAUUCUAAGAAAGAACAGAAAAGCUGUGCUGAAAAUACUCAAAGCAAGCAACCAGUAAAGAUGGAUCUCUACGAGGAAUUGCAAACAUUUCGACCGCUUGAAUCAUCAUGGAUGAAAGAAGAAGAAAGUGAUAAAAAUACUGAUCAAGUAUUUGAUGCGUCACAUGAGUACCGAGUCAAUAAAAAUGAGAGUUGCGACCAACUCAAAACCGAUAGAAAUACGAAACUCGGAAACGGGUCUUUACUUUUGGAAACGUAUCGAAGUAGGGAAGAUCAAGAGCUUAGUCUAAGUUUUCGAAGAGACGAACAGAAAAGGGUCAGUGGGGACAGUGAUUCUGACAGCAUGGUUUCUGUUUCAACUUUCAUGCCGGAAACUUUGAGGUCUAUAUCUGAAGCGUUUUCACGCAACGAUGGAACAUUGUCGAAAAUGUCUCUCAACGAUACCCGAGAUAACUUCGAAAGUUUUAUUGCGACGGAUGAGCCAAUUGUUUCAGUAAGUAAAACUGAUGAUCUGGAAUCUGCAGAGAACUCGCUUGGAAAAGAGAAGGUAGAAAUCAAAGUCGAAAACAUCGAAAGUCAGUCAGGAAGUGCAGACAGUUUAAUUGACAAAAUGUACGAAGAGCCGCAGAGAAGACUAACAGCGGUUCAGCCAAUUGGACAUCGGAACCAGUAUAUUACACGUGGAACGACUGAUGAUUUCCAGACUUUUAAAGAAUUCGUUUCACCAGAGCAUGGAAAUCAAAAAGAGUCUAAAUCGAGUAUGGAUAAAGUACGAAAGAGUUUAGGUUUUGAAGAUCUGGACCAGUUUGUAGCUGAUAGAUUUGGAGGUAAGAGUGUGCGUGAUAUGUGUUCUGAACGGGAUGCCGCAGUGUCGAAAAGUAUGAUGCUUGAAAGUAUGGGAAUCGACGAUGACUUCGACCAGGAGUAUUUUGACACGAUACCAACAGGUUUUGCAGUGAUCAGAUCCUCAGGCCAACCUCGACUUAAACCGGAGGAAAAAACUAAAGAUGGUUCCGAGAAACGGGACUCACUGAGAAAUAACAAAGAGAACCAGCCUGAGGACAGUUUGGGGGAACAACAAAGAAAAGAACAGAGACGACAAAGACCAAACAGUAGAGGUCACUCAAGUUCCAGGUCGCCCACGAACAGGAACCACCCAACGUCACCUCGACCAAGGUCACAGCGAAGGUCAAGGUCGCCUACUGGCAGGAUUCAAGAGCCUAACAAUGUAUCUAACAGACAGGGCCCAUCAGGCAGUGCAAUGGCUGCGAGUAAGAAUCCAGGGAUACAGUCUGAUAGCCAAGGAGGACAGAAACAAUCACGAGAACCACGACAAGGCUCAGCAAGGCAAAGUGCAUCGAAUGGUGCUAGGUCUGCGACACGAAAUUCGGCCUCAAAGCCACAGGCUGCGAUUUAUCAGGGAUCUUCGUAUUACAGAACGCAGCCUGGGAGCGCUGCGCAAAAUGAAAGCACACAAAACGAGAGCCUAGCUCAUCCCUCGUAUAAUUUGAUGUCUGCUCCAAGACUUGUAAACGUGAAAGAAGCACCGAAAGCUCAUAGCGGACCUCCAAAGGCACCAGUGCGAGGAUCAUCUCAAAAUCGUGAUAACCAAUACGCUAAUGAAUUAACACCUCAGGGCAUUAAUUUAGCAGGAACUGGUAUAAAAACGCGGUCACAAUCACCUCAUUUGGUGAGACCCAGUAGUGCUAAAAAGAGCAAUGGUCGUUCGAGACAACUUAGUGGUAGUGCUAGCAAUACGGCUUCAAGAAACCAGACAAAUCAUUCGCCUGCAGCCAGGGACAGAACCAGACAGUCGCCGGCCAAUCGUGCCAGUCCGUACCUUCGAGACCCCUCGCCGCAACGACGAUCCAGAUCUCCAUCUCCAGGAACUGCGCAAUCGUCACCAAGAAGCAGAACCCAAAAAGACGAAUUGUUCUCAAAUUACAUGACCAAGUUGCAUGCUUCCCUUAUACACCGAUCCGUAUUAUCAACGCCAAGCAUCAGCGGCGCAGCAACAAGAGAGGCAUGUGGAAAUCUUUUGGCGUCUCCGAGGACUAUGAACAACGCUGAGAAGGAUAUGUGGCUAAUGCUGCCUCCAGAGAUCUGGCUAUACAUUAUGAGUCUAUUAUCAUCAGGUGAAAGAUGUACUCUUGGAUCUACUUGUAAGAGUCUUAACGACUUGGCUUCUGAUUUCACUCUUUGGAGCAACGUUAUUGUGCGCGGAAAGAAAUUAACUGCUGAUAAUUUGAAGUCAAUUCAAAUGAAGGGGCCUAAAAGUAUUUCAUUUCUGCAAUGUGAGUUCAUUGACGUACGAGACGAGCAUUUGAGAACGUUUUUCCGAGAAGUGAGCGAAACUCUGCAGGAAUUGAAUAUUGCAGGAUGCACGUCUCGAGAUUGCAACGCGAACACAAUUUUAGUUCACGCUGGAACUAGAUGUUCAAAGUUGGUUAAUUUAGACACAAGCUGGUCCAAUUUGGGACCGCAUACGUUGGUUGCCUUUUGUGAUCAUGUUGAUGGCUUGCAAGCUUUGUCAGUAAAUGGAUGUUCAUCGAUAACGGAUGAGUGUAUGACAUUGGUGGUUGAAAAACAUGGCAAGACACUAACAAGACUUAACUUAUUUGGGUGCUUCAAAUUGGAUCGAUCUUUGCUGAAACUACCGACGUUCACACCGAACCUGCAAGUUAUACAUCUCGGAAACAUCCCCUUCGUAAGAGAUGAAACUUUGCAAGUGUUUGCAACGACUUUGAAAGAUUUGCGAGAAGUUGAUAUAAGAAGUAGUCGAAAUAUCACAGAUGAGGGUAUUUAUUCGCUGGCAUUUUACUGCAGACGCUUAACAAGCUUAAACAUUAGCAACUGCACUCAGCUAACUGAUUUCGCCAUGGCCAAUUUAGGAGGCUAUUGCAUGAAUCUCUCAGUACUGGAAGUUGACGGGUGCUCUAAAAUUUCUGACGAAGGUGCAAUGAGGCUCCUAGUCGAUACUCGUGUUAUAAUGAGAAAACUAGGCUUGUCUGCUACUAAAGUUUCGAGUGAAACUUGUAAUAUAAUAGGUGAUCAUUGUCCGAAGAUAGAAGAAGUGAAGUUGUCGUCAUGCCAGUCUAAAGUGUCGAUCGAAUCUCUGAAGGCGAUGAUAUUAAAAGUGAAAGGACUGCAAAGUUUGGACUUGUAUGGCUUCGAUAAAGCUCGUGUGUAUAAACAAUUAGGUAGUUUGAAUAAAAAUCUGCAAAUUAAUGUAUAAAUAUAAAUAGUGUACAUAAUUCGUGUGUUA